AUGAGCAAUCUAAGUUCACCUGGAACACAACUGGGAAAUCCCCAUGGUUUCAACACUCUCACAGAGGCUUCAUUACGAGUCUCUCAAAAACAAGACAGAGGCGCUCUCUCGUCUUCUGAGAGAUCAAGUACCAUGGAGAAUUCUCCCACUGCUACUGCUCGCUUCAAGGAGCUGCACAUACGCCUGAGCCGGUCCUCACAAGACAACGAAAUCUCGAGCAACGUGGCGCAGAGAAGUCUACGCGACAACGAGAAUAGCUCUCCAGCGCCUUUGAGCGAGAACCCCGCUGCCUUUGACCAAACAUUCAGCGCGCAAUUGCCAAAAUAUGAUGAUGAAGACGCGUCAUCACAGUCCCGCACUAUGUCUGUUGCGUCUUUUUGUCAACAAGAUCCGAACCCAGUGGCAGCCACCUAUCAGCCAGUCGAGCAUACUAACGGCAUGUUCCUGCAGCCUGAGACACACCCGAUUACCGAGGAACAAUUAGUCAAUGAAGUACGCGCCAUCUACGCGGGGCUAGUGAUGGUAGAAAAAAAAUGUAUCGAAAUUGUGAAGCAACAAAACGAGAAUCCAGGCGAGCUCACUAUCCUACAAUGGCAAGCUCUCACUGCACUUCACAGGACGCUCUUACACGAGCAUUUUGACUUCUUCCUGGCUUCAAAUCAUCCUGCAGCAAGCGACGCACUGAAGGGAUUAGCCAAAGCCUAUUCGAUGCCAGCAAGGAUGUGGAGAUACGGGAUUCAUGCGUUCUUGGAGCUGCUGCGAAAGAAGCUGCCAUUGUCACUUGAACAUAUGUUGACUUUUAUAUAUAUGGCUCAUGCGAUGAUGACGCUGCUUCUGGAGAGCGUCCCACAAUUCAAGGAGACAUGGAUCGAAUGCUUAGGAGAUUUAGCACGCUACAGGAUGGCGAUUGAAGAGGUGGACAUGCGGGACAGAGAAAUCUACACUGGCGUUGCUAGAUACUGGUAUACGAAAGCGGCCGAUCUCAAUCCGGAUAUAGGACGGGUUCAACAUCAUCUAGCUGUUCUUGCUAGGCCAAAUGUGUUGCAACAACUAUUCUAUUAUUCCAAGGCUUUGGUCAGUGUUCAGCCUUUUACCAACGCGCGUGAGAGUAUUCUACUCCUUUUUGGACCUCUCCUAGACCCUGCCAAGGCUGCGACAAAGUAUUCCAGAUACUAUCCUCAAGUCUUGACUAUUUUUGUCGAGGCGCAUGGCAUUUUGUUCACAAGACAGGAUAUUCCUACCUUCCUGAGGCUGGGCGACGAAUUCUUGUCUCAACUUGAUAGACACGCGGGGAUGGUUGGUCCCUUGUUCCGAGAACAGGGAGUCUAUAUUAUGGCUUCUAAUUAUGCUGCUAUUUUCGACUUUGGCCAUGACGAUGCAGAGAUUGCGGCCAUAUUCAAUCAGGCUGAGCUCAGCCAGGAGACGAAGUUGGAGAUACUUGAUAAGGCAUAUCAUUACUGGCAGAGCCCCAGUUGUCGCCAGAUUGGCAUCGACCUUCGGGCGUCUAAAGAUGCAAAAAUUAGCAGCAGUGGCGAGGCAGUAUCUCUAGCGUCUCAUUUCGCAUUUACCACUUUGGAUGUUAUUCUAGACCGUCUUGGUGACCGGAAUACGCUACCAAGUGUUCACGUCUCUCUAGCUUUCUUGUGGUGUCUUGCAAUGGUUCCAGAAAGCAUGAACCGCAUCCAAGCGGAUGUGCCCUGGGACCGACUCGCAACGUAUAUGAACACGUUGAUUACGCCGGAUACCGAUAUGUCUGAGAUUGAAAACGCAGAGUUUCCUGCACAGGAAUCAGGGCCAUCGCGACAACUGCCGGAGGACUCCUUAAUCCAUGGUCUUUCCUGGGGUAGGCUUUGCCAUCCUCCGGGCUUCUUCGGUGAAAUGGCUGAAGACGAUGAGCGGUCUAUUGAACUUCCAUCUGUGAUUGUUCCACGAACUCGACGAUGCCUGUGGCUAGGCAUGCAGAUUGCCAAGUUCAAUUGCUGGCUCAUAUACGACUCUGAGAAUCGCAAGUUCUGCGCAACUCAAUUUGCACACGAGCUCGCCACACUAUCUCGACAGCACCAACUCCUUCGUCAAACGCCGAGCGCAAAGGCGAAACUACCGGGACAACACCGAUCUCUUCCUCAAGCACCGAGCACACAGGCCGAUACAGAUAUCGAAAUGGCGGAAGCCUGA